AAAAAAAUCAGGAACUUUAUUCCCCUUGGAAAUAGUAUGUCUCCGAUGAUCAAUACAGGGGAUUUAAUAUUUUCAAACAAAAGCAGAAUUGAAAAACAGCCUCCGUGACGAAUCUGCUUCUCCCAAUGUAAAGGUCGGGUAAGGGAGGCACGAAGAAUCUUUCAUCGUUUCGAGCACGCGCCAGUUUCCGUGGGAAAGGAAGCGCGAGCCUAGCCAAGAACAUGAACGACUGGGUGCCCAUCGCCAAGGAGUAUGACCCCCUUAAAGCUGGCAGUAUCGAUGGCACAGAUGAAGACCCCCACGACCGUGCAGUCUGGAGGGCGAUGUUGGCACGGUACGCCCCCAACAAAGGCGUCACGGGGGACCCCCUCCUCACCCUGUUCGUGGCGAGACUCAACCUGCAGACCAAAGAGGAGAAGUUGAAGGAAGUGUUCUCCCGCUACGGGGACAUCCGGCGGCUUCGGCUGGUGCGAGACCUGGUCACCGGCUCUUCCAGAGGCUACGCCUUCAUCGAGUACAAAGAGGAGCGGUCCCUCCUCAAGGCCUACCGGGACGCCGACGGCCUGGUCAUCGACCAGCACGAGAUAUUUGUGGACUACGAACUGGAACGGACUCUCAAGGGGUGGGUCCCCCGGCGACUCGGAGGGGGUCUGGGGGGCAAAAAGGAAUCUGGGCAACUGAGGUUCGGGGGGCGGGACCGGCCUUUCCGCAAACCCAUCAACUUGCCAGUUAUUAAAAAUGACCCGUAUCGAGAGGGGAAAAGGGAAAAGAGGGAGCGGUCCUGGUCCCGAGAAAGACACUGGGAGUCGAGAGCACGGGAUCGGGACCACGACCGGGGCCGGGAGAAGAGGCGGCAGGACCGAGAGCCAACCAGAGCAUGGCCUGAAAAUGACUGGGAGAGGGAGAGGGACUUCAGAGACGACAGGGUCAAGGGCAGGGAGAAGAAGGACAGAAGUAAGUAGAGGCUCAACACCACCAGCCACAGAGGCCAAAGGGCGGAGAGGCCCGAGUGGCUUUCACACAAAGGGUGAGUCCGAUGCUGACGAAACACAUGCGGUAGGCGUGUCUCUUCUUCACCUUGGGGCUCUCAGGACGCGCUACGUAAUGAGCUCGAGUAGCAGCUCUGUACUCGCUGGCCUCCGUCCAGAAGGCCGCGGCAAGGGGGCACCGGUCUUUAAUUUGGCAGUAGGGGAUUUGUGUGGACAAUCUGAUUUUCUCCCAUCUCUUGGAAAAUGACCGUUUUGAGCACUUGGCAAAAAGAAGGAAUGACCAGAACUCAUUCGUAUUGAUCUGGGACUCCUGGGAACCAGCCUCCGGUCAGAGUAUCUUGGGUCUUUUCCAUCUUUAUGUCUGUAGAAGAAGGGGUUGCUGCGCUGCAUGAAGACGGGGUGGGAAGGUGAAGCCGGGGGGACGUCCAGGGACAGGGCACCACAGCCGGUCGGAGCAGUGACCCAGUCAGUGGCCGGCUGCUCUUCAGCAAAUGUUAACUCCAUUCUUGAGCUACAUGCCACCUUGUCUUUUUUUUCUUCAUUCUGGAUGGGAGGCUGACAUUUAAAAUGAAACACCAGCCCUGGCUAGUGUGGCUCAGGGGAUUGAGCACCGAAAGGUCGCCUGUUCCAUUCCCAGUCAGGACAUGUGCCUGGGUCAUGGGCCAGGUGCCCAGUAGAGGGCGUGCGAGAGGCAACCAGUCUGUGCAUCUCCCCUGCACUGAUGUUUUUCUCCUCUCCCUUUCUCUAAAACUAGGUAAAUAAAGUCUUUUAAGAAAAUAAAAAAAUGAAACACCAAAGCCACAGCACUGUGGGGCUGUGGUCUCUGGCAGCCUUCCUGUCCUUGGGGGAGAAAAAGCUCGAGGAAAGUGAGUGAAAUGAUUAGAGCCGUGACAGGUUUGUGUCUCCCUCUUGACCAUCUGGCCUCCGUUUUUAGAGCUGAAUACAUCGACCUUAGCUUCUAAGGGCUUUGAGUAAGCGCCACACUGUUCACGUGAUACCAUACAAGUGACAUUUAGCGGGUUUGGUUUGAAAGUUCAGGCUCUUAAAAUUCAGGAUACUUCAUGCAAAAUAAACGUCUGAUUCAGUAUCGAGACUCACACAUGCGUUACCAGGUUUUUGCACUAGGAGCAUGAAUCUUGUCGCGUAGGCAGCCUGCUGGGUCUUGAAAUUGCUGUCAGCUGUUAGGACGGUUUUAGGAAAAUAGGAUCUUUGCGAAUUGCCAGCGCAGAACGUGACACUCUCCAGGCUCAGGAAAGAGCCUGGCAGGAACACCUUCCCGACCCUGUCCACGUUUUGCCCACUACGCGCUCCCUGUUAAGACACCGAGAGUGUGGCACGGGCUAGACUUGGCAGAUGUGGCUGAACAAGAGUGCGACAGCAGUGGAAGCCAGCUGAGGUGUGUGUUGUCAACCCCGGGUGCCAGAAUACGGAUGGGUCACAAGCCCCCAACCCCUGGGCAGCGGACCAGUACCAGUCCCGACCCGUUAAGAAGAGCCCAGCAGCCCAGCGGAAGAGCAGUGGGCGGGCCAACAAGGCUGCGUUCUCAUUACUGCCUGAGCCCCGCCUCCGGUAACCCACUGACCCACCCCGCCCGUGGAAAAACGUCCACGAAACUGGUCCCUGGUGCUAAAAAGGUCGGGGACCGCUGGAUUAAAAAACAUGCUCUCAGACCCUGGCCCUGGACAUUCCGGUUUAGUCUUGUAGAACCCUGGUAACUUACAUUAAAAAAAAAAAAAAAAUGUGGGACGUCCAUCAGCAUGACAAAGGCCCCUGGCUCUGACCCAGCCAAUCUGCUUCUAGUUUACUCUGCAGAUGGGCGCACACGUGUGAAAGCACAUGAGGCUGUCUUACGACUGGAAGGAAGGGUCUCCAUCGGUGAGACCAGGGCGCCUCCCCCUCAGCACUACUGACGGUUGGGGCCAGCAAGUUCUUCGUGCAGGGUGUGUGGCUGCAUCCCUAGAUGACAGCAGCCCACCCACUGCCACCAGUGUGACAACGCAAGUGUCCCCAGGGACAGAACCACCCCUGGCUGAGACCCACAGUCUGUGCACAGAUAGGAAGUCCUGUCCGGGGCAUGCUAAGAAAAAAGGUACCAAACAGGUAUAUAGAGUAUGCUGCCAUUUAUGUGAAAGAAUGAAAAUAUAUGUUUUGUUUUUACACAAUUGCAUGCGUGUCUACAAAUAAUUUCAGAAGAGACAACCAAGGAACUGGCAGUACUGGUUACUGCUGGGAGGGCAACUGAAGGUGGUUGGGGGCUGGGGGUGGAGAUUCCUCAGCACUCACGCUUCUUACGGAGAAUAAACUUGUAAUUCUAACGGGCAGUCGGUUUUGAGAACCUGGAGCCACAGCAGCGCCAUCCUGUCUGAUCGUUCCUGUCUGCAAGGUGGGAACAGUCUGGCGACUAUCAACUGACCCGAUGGUUUGUGUCUUAGCAGACCAGAGUUGGGUGUGUGCUUGUGUCCUCUGUUAGGUGAUGCCACCUCUUCUAAUCUAAGCACCCAGCCUGCUGCCCUGGGUGCUCAGUGGGUGGAGAAAAAGAUGAUUUGGGCAGAGCCCCAACUCGCCUGUUGCAGAGUGGGCACCUGGCUUCCCCGCUCACCACCCUCCCACUGUCUACCCGCCCCCACUCCAGCAAGUCUCCCCCAGUCCCCAUCUUCCACCCUGUAGGCUCUAGCACCCGGUUCCCAGGAUGCUUUGGGACAAAGGAGAAAAGAUGCCAAGUAAAAAAAAAUCCACACAAGAAAUGUUGCAAUCUCAUCCUUAGCAACCAUCUGGUUGGUUAGUAGGGCGUGUAACUCACAGCAGAUCCCAGGCACUGGCCUUGGGCAGCGCUACAUGCUCAGGCACUAUCAGUAACAAGGGGCAAGAGAGGAACGUUGGCUCUUGCAAAGCUGCUUCCAGGUUCUAGGCGGGAGGAAUGCUGUCCACAUUUUCUGCUGCUUUGUGUCUUCGUCCCGUGAUUUCAGAGGCCCCGCAUGUCUAAUGGGUCCAUCUUACAAAUGCAAUCACCGUGACGAUUUCAUGAACGUAAGGAAUGAAAACCUACCGCUCGCACUUAAGAAUGACAAAUGUGAUAAAAAAAAACCCUCGGGCCACAGAGGUUCAUACCAAGCAGCCAAACGGCAGUUACGUAGUGGCUA